AUGACCGAAGCGGAGAAUCACUGUCCGCUUAAUGAGGAUUUCAGAAAAUUUGUUGAAUUGGUUGCUGAGGCCGUAGUUGUGGCACGGGAAGAAUCUUGUGGGCCAUCGGCGCAACAGAAGAUAUGGCCACCGGAUUUCGAGCGGUGUGAAACAGAUUUCGAGCGAGUGUGCAUUUUAAUGCAGUUGCCGACGGUUAGACAGUUCUCAUUGCUAUCAGCUGCCGAGAGUCCAUCUUGUCAAGAUGGAAUGAAAUCAGAUGAAGUUGUGCGCAAAUGUAGGAUGAAAGCACUUGACUGCCGCGGUGAAAUUCUUAGCAGUCUUGAUGCGUGGACAGAAGCGGUGUUUGGGGCAAAAUCAACCGGCUGCCGAUACAAGGCAUUUUACAGCAGGUCUCGUUUGUUGGAACACUUGAGAGCUCAUGAGGCCGAACUGGAUGAUAUAAAUCGUUGCCUUGAGAACGUCCCACCGGUGGAUGAGCAGUGGGAACUGCACUUUCGUCGUGGCCACCUUCUACGGAAGCUUGGUGAGUAUGAAGCGGCAUACGCGGAAUUCUUAGAAGCAAGAGUCGCCGCGAGAUUUGAUUCUGAAGUACUUCCUGAUAUUGUGCUCUACGACAGCAUACAUCGGUGUAAAUGUAGAGACUCCGUCGAUCGAAACAUGCAUCCACUGCUGAGAUUUAUCUCCAGACAGUCGACAGGUGUCCGAAUCAUCAAAACAAUCCCGCUGCCGGACUCCAAUUCUGGGGGGCAUGCGUUCCACGUUAAACGCGACGGUUCCUUGGGAUUACAUCUCGUGGCAAGCAGAGAUAUUGCUCCAGGGGAAUUGAUCGCAGCUGAGAAACCAUAUGUUCGCGUUCUGAAUCCAGGCAAGGAGCUGCGGCACUGUUAUCGUUGCUGUAAGCGCUCACUAAACUUGACUCCAUGUCGAGGUUGUUCCGAGGUUGGUUUCUGCUCAACCCGAUGCGAGCGUGAGACAUGGAUGUCAGAUUGGUGGUAUAUGAACGGAAACGAAUCACCCGGGGAAAUUGUGGACGGACCGGAGUUGGAUCAGUUCCAUCGUUUCGAAUGUGGCCAACGCUCGCGAAUCUUGCUGACGGAUGUGGGUGGAUUGCAAUGGCUCAAGGUGUUCGGUAGUACCACUUGUACGUCCCCGAGGUUACGACGCUACUCCGAGUGGCUAGGUGACCUUGAUCCAAUUGAAUAUCCGACUUUGGACGCCCGUGAUGUUCUAUUGGCCUUCGCUUGUGUUGCGCGCACCCACUGGCAUGAUAUCUGGAGACUGGCUCGAGGCCAAGCGAAUGAAGAUAUCAAGGAAGCCACCAACUCUAGAUGUCCGGUGAAACGACCGUCUUCCAUCUUCGCAUUCUCUGGACAGGAAAACGUGACGAAUACAACCUUCAGGCUAGGCACAUAUGAUUCAGUGAGCUGGAGAAAUGCCGAACCACACAAUACGCGUUCCACUGAAGACUUGUGGCAGAGGACUGUAGCCGCAGUGUUCCUCGCUCACUGCUUGUCCGCUGGUGGCUACCCUCUCGACUGGAAGGAAGAUCCCAUGAUGAAUCCUUUAGUUGCACACGCUGAGGACGAUCGACCCAAACUCCCGGCUUCCUGGGCUGCUGCUUGUCUGUUGUAUCACCUUCAAGUGGGCAUGCGUGCAACCCGCGGUCAAACGGUUGUUCGGUAUGAAGAACAAGAUUCGGAUGGGAACUCAGUUAGAACCACCUGGGAUUAUGUUCGAAUAACCUCGGAGUCCAGUGGGAUAUAUGCUCUUUUAAGUUUGACCUCACAUGCUUGUGACCAGAACAGUUCCGUUAUUACGGUGGAUGGGGUCGGUGAGGGAUUGUUCGCACUCAGGUCAAUUAAAGCCGGUACGGAAAUUUCCUUCAGCCUCUGCGACAGACACAAGCCGACAGCUGCAAGACAAGAAUUGUUAAUCAAACGUUUUGGUAUUCACUGCCAAUGUACAGCUUGUCACAAAAAUUGGCCGGUUGAGCACGAAGUAUUAGUGAUGCCGCAGUGCCAGCUUUGUGGCCACCAGGUUCCUGUGCACGGUUGCCGACCGGAUGCUCACGGUGGUCGUUCUGGAUGUCGCUGCCCGAUGCGUAUAAGGUGUAAUCAACCGUUAGCGAUCGUGCAGCAGCAAGACCAGAGAAUUGUCAAUCGGCCUAGGGUUAUCCGUUAUUCAGAAAUCCUUCCUUUGGAUGAGAUCUCUGUAUCUGAGUUUGAUCGGUGUAUAGCCGAUACGGUACAAAACAUCAAAGCAUUGGAAGAGCACGAAAAUUUGUCAGAGCCUUGUGGCAAUUUGAAUAGUCUGGAGGACCAGCUUCAGCAGCUACUGAACUUCCGUCAUGGACAGUAUUAUAUGUUGUCAGUGAUAUCGACGGCAUUAAGGAUCCAAGAUCACAUUUGGCCUCCGAUUUGAUUGUCACCACGGGUUUACCG